AUGCGAGCGCUCCACGUGUUUCUGGUCGCUCUCGCUAUCGUCACCGUCUUGAUUCUGGUGAAGUUUCAAAGGUAAAGUGAACUUUGCUUCGAGUUACUAAUAAUACCCUUUUUCCAGCUCUGAUGCAAGGGAGGCAGACGAUAAUAAUAGGACAGAACAUCUGGACGACACUAUUUUUUUGGGAAACAGACAUCAUGUCUCAGAUAUAGAGGUUCGACGACUCAACAAGAAAAAAAUUUUUUUGAUGAUCUUUGAUUAUUAGUUCUUAAAGAUUUAAAGAAAAUUUGAUACUUCAGAAUAACAUGGUUUUUUCAUAUAAAAGUUAGCACAUCUUAUCAAUUUUUUCUUCAUGGGGUAAGAAGACUUUAAAAGUUUCUGCCUACAGAGAACUCAAAUUCCGCUGAUAUAGAGCUUUUUUCACACAUUUACACAUUUAUUCAGUCGUCAGAUUUUCUCACGAGAAACCAACUAUCGUACCUGAUUUCUCAUAGAAAAUUCAAAAAAAUGUUGGGAUUUUUUUAUUAUAUCUGGAUAAAAAAAUUUUUAAUUGAUAAAAAAACAGUUUUCUUUAAAUAUGUUUCGCUAUUUUUCUUCUAACAUCUAAUGAAAGACUCGCCAAAACUAAAAUGAUGACAUCCGUUGAAAAAAUCCACGAUGAAUAGCAUUAAUUUCCUGUUCGAAAAAAAAUAUCAUAAUUUUUUUGCAUCUUAUCUGAAUUUACAGACAACUUCCUCGACAACGUUGUUGGAAAAAAACCACAAUUGA